AUGGGAUCGCGCUCUGUUGAAUGGCAGCCGCUGGAUGUUGCCGUGAUUGGGGGAGGAAUCGGGGGGCUGGCUGCCGCUACAUCGCUGCGACGGGCAGGCCAUGCCGUAACAAUCUAUGAACGAGCGGACUACGCUGGUGAAGUGGGAGCCUCCAUCAGUUGCGGUGCAAACGGCACGCGGUGGCUGGAAGACUGGAAGGUGGAUAUUAGCGUUGGUCGGCCGAUUGUAGUCGAGAAGUUAAUUCGACACGACCUCGAAACGGGGGAGGUGCAGGAUGUCUACGACCUAUCAGACUAUGCCGUGAGAUGGAGAUACCCUUAUUACAACUUCUACCGGGUCGACAUGCACGCCAUGCUGAUGCAAUCUGCUACCGGACCCGGGGAAGGACAGCCAGCCGUGCUAAAGGUAAACCAUGCCUGCGAGACCGUGGACCAUGAAACAGGAACCGUGACAUUCCAGAAUGCAAUCCGCGCCCGCCAUGACUUGGUGAUUGGCGCAGACGGUGUCGGCUCCGCCGUGCGAAAGUCCCUGGGGAUUCUUCCAGAACGAAAGACAGCCACCUCGACCUCAUAUCACUGCGUGAUUCCCACGGCGGAAGUCCGUCGGCUGGGCUUACCGGACCUCUCGGUGAACAACGCUCUGGAGUACUGGGGCGGCCACGGUCCGGGCAAGAUCAUCUUCUCAGCCUGUCGCGACGGUGAGAUGCAUUCCUUCUACACCUUCUUUGCCAAACCGACGGGGGAGACGGCUGAGGAGGGUUGGAAUUUUUCGGGCUCGCGCGACCAGUUGCUGGCGCCUUUCCCCAAUUUGGAUCCGACUUUGCGCGCCUUGUUGACCCAUGCUUGUGAUAUCAAGCCCUGGCGUUUGUAUGUUCACAGUCCUUAUCCAAAAUGGUACCAUGGUCGUACCGGCCUUCUAGGUGAUGCGGCCCAUCCUAUGCUUCCCGAUCAGAGUCAGGGGGCAUGUCAAGCCAUCGAAGAUGCUGCGGCUCUCGGUAUUAUCUUUGGCCCACGUUACACAUUCACCGCAGAUGUGGCCGCCGGCUUGCACAUAUACGAAAAGAUUCGCAAACCUCGCGCCAGUCGCGUGCAGGAAGCCAGCGCCCGAGCUCGCGAGAACCUGUCGGAGCGGAUUGGUUUCUCUAGCCAACGAAACAACAGCUUAUACAAGGUAGCUCAUGAAGGCCAAAAGCUGACCAUUGAAGAAGUCAACGAGUACAACAUGUAUCGCCACAUCGCCACGCAAGCCGAGGUGAGCGGCUGGGUCGACAUCCUGACCUUCGAAACGAUGGUCGAGAUCGAGGUGUGCGGCAUCCACCUGGGGGUGUUCCACGGCGUCGCCAGCCAAACGCUACAGGUCGACUUGGAUCUGCAACUCGUGUGCGGGAGCUUGAAGUUGGAGAUGAACGCUUUUGACGAGAUCUGGGUCCACGUCAAUACCGUGUCGGGAGAAAAGGGGAAAGCGUUGGAUGCUUUGAACUGCAAGCGAUCCGUGCUGGCGCAGCAUCUACAGGUGCUUCCUUGCGAGCCAUGGGUCCCGGUUAAAUAA